AUGUCGAACAAGAAGAACGAGGAUAUCGAGAUGCGGGCCGCGGAGAGCGGCAAUGACUUCGAGGGUGAGAAGGAUCCGUUCCUGGGCAAACCCCCUUCGCCUUCGCGGCCUCGUCGCGACAGUGGAUUGGUGGCCUACAUCGAGAAACUGGACCACAGUCCCGGCGCCUCUAUCCUCGCGUACUGCCUGUCGUCAAUCAGUAUGACAGUCGUCAACAAAUACGUCGUCUCCGGGUCAUCGUGGAAUUUGAACUUUUUCUACCUUGCUGUGCAGUCGACUGUUUGCACGCUCGCGAUUGUCCUGUCCAAGCACGCUGGCCUUCUAAAGAAUCUCGCGCCCUUGGACGCGACCAAGGCCAGGAAAUGGUUUCCCAUUUCGCUUCUCCUCGUCGGAAUGAUCUACACGGGCGCCAAAGCCCUCCAGUUCCUCUCGGUCCCGGUCUACACCAUUUUCAAGAAUUUGACAAUUAUUGUCAUCGCUUACGGAGAGGUGCUCUGGUUCGGUGGCAGCGUCACCCCUCUCACGCUGCUGUCCUUCGGCUUGAUGGUGCUCAGCUCUGUCGUUGCUGCCUGGGCUGAUAUCCAGGCCGCCAUUAGCGGCGCCCACUCGGUCGAGGCUUCGGAUGCUCUCGCUACCCUGAACGCCGGUUAUGCGUGGAUGGGUUUGAAUGUUGUCUGCUCUUCGUCCUUCGUGCUUGGGAUGCGCAAGGUCAUCAAGAAGAUGAACUUUAAGGACUACGACACCAUGUUCUACAACAAUCUCCUCACUAUCCCCGUUCUCGUUGUCUGCUCGCUACUGGUCGAGGACUGGUCCGCCGAGAACCUUGCCAGGAACUUCCCCGAAGAGACGCGCAACAAGAUGAUUAUCGGCAUGGUCUACUCGGGCCUGGCCGCCAUCUUCAUAUCGUACUGCUCCGCUUGGUGCAUCCGUGUCACCUCCUCGACUACGUACUCGAUGGUCGGCGCUCUGAACAAGCUCCCCAUCGCCAUCAGCGGUUUGAUCUUCUUUGAUGCGCCGAUCACCUUUGGCAGUGUCACGGCUAUCUUUAUCGGCUUCGUCAGCGGUCUCGUCUAUGCCUGGGCCAAGGUCCGUCAAAAGGCCCAGGACGUUGGCAUCCUGCCUACCAGCAACAAGCCCACGAUGAGCGCCAGCGCGCAGAGCAACAGGGACGCCGCCAACUCUUGA